UGCUAAUGUAGUUUUGGUUAUAGUUUAAGCUACCAUACUACAGACACUUCUGGUAAUCAGUGGCCAUGGCGUUAGAGUUUGUUUCAGGAGGGUUACUUCUCCUGUGUGCAGUAGCUUUUUCUCUUCCUGACUUCAAAGGCACGUUUCAGCAGUCCCUCAUGCAGCCACAAGUUCCCAUUCAGGUGGAAUGCAAGGCCCACUAUUUGUUAGUCUCCGUAGAUAUACCACCAUCUGGUUUGAAGCCACGUUUUGAGGCCAUUGAUGCUGCAGGUGUGUAUUCUAUUACUGAGCGCUAUGCAGCUCAGUGUGGUUAUACUUACUCUGUCCAGCCUCUUCAAGGUCGUGUUUUUCUCAGAGCCUCUUAUUUCUCCUGUCACACGGACAAUCAGAUUGACAAGGUCUUCAACUUCAUGUUUCGUGUGGUCAUCGCGGACCAGAGUGGGCUGGAAUCAUUUUUCAAUGUGUCUCAGACUUGCAAUGUUCAUACUUUCACUCCAAGAGAAGUUGUUUGUGAGGAGAACUACAUGGAGGUGUCUGUGAAAGCUGAGAUGCCUUGCCUUUCAACUAGUAUGAUAAAGGGAGAAUUCUCUGAAACUUACGCAGUGGCUCACAGUUCAGCAGUAGAGGCCUGGCAGAUUAUUCUGCAACAAGAGGGACAACGAUCCAAAGUUAUGUCAACUGAAGAGGCUGCUGCUCUGGGGUACACCGUAAUGGGCACACCCAGCAGACUUGUUUUUCGGACUGCCUAUGGCCAACCUCAUGCAACUGUCAAAAUGGUCAAUGAUGUCGCAGUUGAAGCGAUCCAUGCCACAGUGUUUUUCAGACAGACCUGGAUGGUGGUCAUGAUGGAUCUGGUUGCAUCUUGCUCAAUGGAUGAAGGUCGUUUUGAUGGCUAUAGACUUCAGUGGAGAACUCCUGCAGUAAUGAUUCCACUGGCUGUAGGGCUUCCUGUCUUGAGGACAGAGUACAUGGCCAUAGGUGUUGAUGGUGAGAUUGUGGAUGAACUGCCUGCAAAAGAGCGUGGCUACUCUGUGAUGGUGGUUGGGAAUACUGUAGAGAGUAGCAUCCCCUUUGGUGCUGAGGGAGGGUACAGAAAGAGCUUCAUAAUGGAGAAUGUGUAUUAUGAGAUCUACACUGUCCAGCUGGCCUACCAGCAAACGUAUGUGGACCACAGUGGUAUGGUGACUAAGAAAAAUGUAGUGCGGCAAAUAUCCAGUCCGCUAGUUCCUCGUGUUCUCUAUACCGUUAACAAAACCAACAUUGUGGAAGAAAUCUUUACCAUCUAUCUGGGCAAUGUACCUACUGAUGUGGAACUGGUGUCCAUGGAUUUUAAUGGACAGGAGAUCUCUGUAUCGACUGCCAUCCAGAUGGGCUAUUCUAUCACUAGAGUCUCUGAAACCAAUUUAACCUUUGCAUACAUCAUUAGGGUGCCGUUUCAAGACCAGUUUGUUGUGAAAAAGUUUGUUUCAGAGGGUGUUCUUGAGUACUCGUUGAACGUUAAGUGGACUUUGAACAUCAUACCUCAAAUGGAGACCUAUUACCACUAUUCCUUUGUGUCUGCUGUGGUUGUUAAAGCCUCCCCUCCAGUUUUUGAGAGCAUGUGUGCUGCUUAUGGUGUAAGCUUCAGGAAAGAGCACCGUGGCUAUGAUCAUUUGUGGGACUUUGCUGUUGGCCGCCACAGGCUGACCCCACAACUGAUUUCAGAGCGUGGCUACAAAGUUACCAACGACAGCAGCGCCUUAAUAAUGGAUGUGCCUCUAUUUACAGCUGGAUACACCUAUGAGGACAUUACUCUACAACAGUUCUCUGCCAAAUUUGAGAUUUUCACAAGAAAUGCUCAAACACUGGAAACUGUGCAAUCUUCAGCCAGACGCUGCCUCUUCCAAACCACUGAGCUCUUGGUGUGCUCUCCUGAGGGUAUUAUGACUGUAGUGAGUGACAUCACUAAAGCAAUACCUAAUGCAGACCCUGCCCGGACCACACUAUUAGACCCAAGCUGUGGACCCAAAGAAACUGAUGAGAGGAGAGUCCUUUUCUCUUUUGGCCUUAACACUUGUGGCACUAGAGUUGAGAUUGACAAGUGGUAUGUGACCUAUGAAAAUGAGAUCAAACUUCAUGAGUUGUAUUCCUCUGACGCAAAGCCAGUCAUCACUAGAGAUGCUGCAUACAGGGUGAUCGUGAGGUGCAUUUACCCAGUACGUUACCUUGAAACCCUUUCAGUGGACCUGAGGUUCAAAGUUGAUGCGGCUGGAAUUGGAGUAAUACAGUCUGUGAUGGCUCCUCCCAAAAUCGUUGAGACUGUGCAAGUCCAGGAAAGCGCUGUUUAUCACCCAUCUUUUCAGGCAACUGUUAUAGAGAAACCAGUUCAAGUCCAGGAAAGUGCAGUUUUUCGUCCAUCUUUUCAGGCAGCCAUUGUUCAAAAGCCAGUGCAAAUCCAGGAAAGCACUGUUUUGCAGCCCUCUUUUCAGACAACCAUUGUACAAAAGCCAAUUAACUACAAGCGUCUGGGCCAUUUGCGCUGGUCUGAAGACAAACAUGCUCAUAGGACAAAAUAGAAACUUUUAAUUUGAAUUGAAUAAACAUCUUAAGCCUUAA